GUGCUGACGCAGUCCGGGUGGGUCGGGUCGGGGCCAGGGUCAUCUGUUCAAGACAAAUAUCUUUGGUUCAAGCUGCUGAUCGUCGGCGACAGAGACAGAGACAGAGACAGAGACAGAGUAGCUACAUCAUUACUAUCGGAGCGGAUUUCAAGAUUCGGACGGUCGAUGUUAAUGGGGAGAAGGUGAAGCUGUAGAUCUGGGAUCCCGCUGGGCAAGAACGAUUCCGUACAAUCACGUCUACAAGCUGCCCGACCCGCUGAGUGACUCCAGCACGGUGUGACCUUCUUCCCAUGACGCAUGCCGCCCCCACGUGACUCGGCGCAAUGGCAGGGGUUUAGGAGCCGUUGCUGUGAGGGCGGCCAGGGUGCCGGUGAGCCCCCCCCCCCCAUCUGCUCGGUGCGGGCUGAUCUUCGAGGGACUGAACUUCACAUGGCGGGGCAGAACAAGGAGAAACGUUAUGAGUGUGACGUGUGUGGCAAGGCCUGGCAGUUCCCAAGCCUGCUGGAGGCCCACCGGCGGGUGCACACGGGAGAACGCCCCUUUGACUGCUCCACAUGCGGCAAGACCUUUACCCAGUCGUCGAGCCUGCAGGUGCACCAGCGGGUACACAGCAGUGAGCGGUCCUUCACCUGCUCCGACUGCGGCAAAGGCUUCAAGUCAUGCACACGCCUGAAGGUGCACAGGCGCCUACACACCGGGGAGCGGCCCUACACCUGCAGCAACUGCGGCAAGGGCUUCACCCGCUCCAGCAACCUGCUGGUGCACCAGCGCAUCCACACUGGUGAGCGGCCCUUCACCUGCACCCAGUGCGGCAAGGGCUUCACCCACUCCAGCAACCUGUUGUAUCACCAGCGCACCCACACCGGAGAGCGUCCCUAUACCUGCGCUCAGUGCGGAAAGGGCUUCACCCAGUCCAGCAACCUGCUCGAGCACCAGCGCACCCACACACGGCGAGCGGCCCUACACCUGCACCCAAUGCGGCAAGGGCUUCACCAGCUCCACCAGGCUGCUGUCCCACCAGCGGGUGCACGCCGGCGACCGUCCCAUCCGCAGACUGGUGUGUAGAGAGGGCUUUGCCAUAGCCUCCCAAACCGUGUCUCACCAGCACGUGCACACCAGUGGCCAGCCCUACGACUGCCUGUACUGCGGUGAGGCUUUUGACAGCUCGCGGGAGUUGCGGCAGCACCGGCGGGCCCACGCCGGCGAGCGGCUGCUCCCACUGCAGCAAGCGUUUCAAGAGCAUACGGAGACUGCGGGAGAACCAGCGGAUACACAUAGGAGGGAGACCCUUUGUGUGCGCUGAGUGUGGCAAGGGUUUUACACACAUGUCCAGCCUGUGGCAGCACAGGUGUACCUUCAGCGUUGAGUUUCCCUUCACCUGCCCAUCCUGUGGUAAGGGCUUCACCCGCCUUGACCACCUGCUGGAGCACCGGCGACUGCACAUCAGCCAGCGCCCCUUCACCUGCCCGCUGUAUGGCAAGGCCUUUGCCCACACCUCCAGCCUGCUGGCACACCGCAACAUGGUUAGGCGCUGUUUAGGUAGACACAAAAUGCUGGAAGGGAUGGGCAAUGCUCUGGUCGAGACCCUUCUUCAGUCUCGACCCGAAAAAUCACACAUUCCUUCUCUCCAGAGAUGGUGCCCGUCCCGUUAAGUUACUCCAGCAUUUUGUGUCCUUUUUUGAAAACCAGCAUCUGCAGUUCCUUGAUUUUAAACCAUUCUGGUUGACCAUCUCUGCACCUUCCCCAAAGCCUCCACAUCAGUCCUGUAAUGGAGUGACCAGAACUGUAUGCAAUACUCCAAAUGCUACCUGACCAAUGUCCCUUAAAGCUGCACAUAUACAUUCCUCUCUCCUUAUCUCACACCCUUUUAUCUCCUUAUUUUCUCUCGCCUCUGUCACUUACUUCACUCAUCUGCCGAUCACCCCCUCAUCUGUUAACAUAGUGUCAGUCUGAAGAAGGGUCCCGACCCGAAAUGUCACCUAUCCAUGUUCUCCACAGAUGCUGCCUGACCCGCUGAGUUACUCCAGCACUCUGUGAAACGUCACCUAUCCAUGUUCUCCACAGAUGCUGCCUGACCCGCUGAGUUACUGCAGCACUUUGUGUCAGAGUCAUAGAGUGAUCCAGCGUGGAAACAGGCCCUUCGGCUCAACUGCCCACACCGACCAACAUGUCCCAGCUACACUAGUCCCACCUGCCUGUGUUUGGUCCAUAUCCCCCCCAAACUCGUCCUAUCCAUGUACCUGUCCAACUGUUUCUUAAACGUUGGGAUAGUCCCUGCCUUAACUACCUCCUCUGGCAGCUUGUUCCAUACACCCACCCAAAAGUUACCCCUCAGAUUCCUAUUGAAUAUUUUCCCUUCACCUUGAACCCAUGUCGUCUGACCCUCGAUUCCCUCACUCUGGGCAAGAGAUUAUGUGCAUCUAACUAAAUUGUGUUCGAUGCAGGAUUCCAGCAUCUGCAGUUUUUUGUGUCUCCUUCACCUUUAUCCACCUAUCACUUCUGAAGAAGGGUCUCAACCUGAAACGUCACCCAUCCCUUCUCUCUAGAGAUGCUGCCGGUCCCGCUGAGUUACUCCAGCAUUUUGUGUCCACCUAUCACUUGCCAGGCUUUAUCCUGCCCCCAUCUCUCUUUUCCAGCUUCUUUCCCCCACCCUCUCCAAUCAGUCUGAAGAAGGGCUCCGACUCUAAACGUUGUUCCAGGUGCGACAGAGGUUCACCUGCAUCUCCUCCAACCUCAUAUAUUGCAUCCGCUGCUCUAGAUGUCAGCUGAUCUACACGGGUGAGACCAAGCGUAGGCUUGGCGAUCAUUUCGCCGAACACCUCCGUUCGGUCCGCAUUAACGAACCUGACCUCCCGGUGGCUCAGCACUUCAACUCCCCCUCCCAUUCCAUAUCCGACCUCUCUGUCCUGGGCCUCCUCCAUGGCCAGAAUGAGCACCACUGGACGGAAUUGGAGGAACAGCAUCUCAUAUUCCACUUGGGGAGUCUGCAUCCCGGUGGCAUGAACAUUGAAUUCUCCCAAUUCUGUAAGCCCUUGCUGUCUCCUCCCCUUCCUAGCUCUCUCUCAGGCCUCUGGCUCCUCCUCCUUUUUCCUUUCUUCUCCCCAUCAGUCUGAAGAAUGGUUUCGGCCCGAAACAUUGUCUAUUUCCUUCGCUCCAUAGAUGCUGCUGCACCCGCUGAGUUUCUCCAGCAUUUUUAUGUACCUUCAAAACAUCGUCUCUCCAUUCCCUCUAAAGUGGUGGAGGAACUCAGUGGGUCAGGCCGCAUGUGUAGAGGGAAGAGAAUCUAAGGCAAACAUCCUAGAACGGAGCAAGAUCGUCCACUCCUGCAAAAUCCAAUGGACUGACUGGAAGUACGCAACGCCAUUUUAGUAAUCCGACCCUAUCUUUGACCCGACUCGACUUCAAUUAUACGUUCAGUUAAAACGGCACAUUCCUUCUACAGGGAGGAACUGUAGGUGCUGGUUUAUAACGAAGACAGACACAAAAGGCAGGAGUAACUCAGCGGAUCAGGCAGCAACUGUGGAGGGAAGGAAUAGGUGAGAUUUCAGGUCUACAUUUUCGUUAGCUGCAAUGACCCUUUUCAGCUAUGGAAAAGGUCGACCCGAAAUAUCACCUAUUCCUUCUCUUUAGAAAUACUGUCUGAUCUGCUGAGGUACUGGGCGAUGUCACUUUCAUUUUCCCGGACGGGUGGAGGGGGGGGGGGGGGACCCCGAAUGCUGCAAAAAAAAAACCUUUGUGUUCGUCAACAGCCGUCUUAGCAUGACAUGAAGUGUAAGUAGACUACAAGCUGCCUAACUGUGCCUGUCUUAGCUGGGUGUAAACAUUUUUUGUUACCUAUUUUGUAUAAUUUAUCUCUCUCCGCCCCCUCCCUAACUCUGGAAAGUUGGAAACCCAGCAAAGGUUGAGGAGUGUCACUCCUGUUAACGCGGUAUUGUCUUUUGUUUUAAAUAAAACCCAUCCCACAAUGAGA